UAUUGUGAUGUGAAGAAAGAUCUGUAAGGAACGCUGACUCUCACACAUUAAUUAUGAGAGUUUAAAGUUUUCUUCUGUUGCUGAUCAAAGCUGAUCGAAAUAACACUUGCUAGCUGAACUAUGGAACUGGAGAAGACACCAACAAGUUUGGUUUUUGGUGUUAAUGGUGAGAGGUUUGAGCUCUCCCACGUUGACCCAUCAACCACUUUGCUCCAAUUCUUACGCACUCGCACUCGUUUCAAGAGUGUCAAGCUCGGUUGUGGUGAAGGGGGUUGUGGCGCUUGUGUAGUUUUAAUCUCCAAAUACGAUCCUGUGCUUGACCAAGUUGAGGAUUUUACAGCAAGCUCUUGUCUCACACUACUUUGCAGCAUACAUGGCUGUUCAAUAACAACUAGUGAAGGCAUUGGAAAUUCUAAAGAAGGAUUCCACCCAAUACAUAAAAGAUUUGCAGGAUUCCAUGCCACUCAAUGUGGCUUUUGUACUCCUGGAAUGUGUGUUUCCCUCUUUGGAACUCUUGUCAAUGCUGAAAAGACUACUUGUCCAGAGCCACCUGCUGGGUUCUCAAAAGUAACUGUUGCUGUGGCCGAAAAGGCAAUUGCAGGGAAUCUUUGUCGCUGUACUGGGUAUCGACCGAUUGCUGAUGUCUGCAAAAGCUUUGCAGCUGAUGUUGAUAUGGAGGAUUUGGGGUUCAACUCUUUCUGGAGAAAAGGUGAUAACAAGGACUCAAAGCUUAGUAGGUUGCCUCAAUAUGACCAUAAUCAAACGAAUAGUAGAUUUCCCUUGUUUUUGAAGGAAGUCAAGCAAGAUGUGUUCUUAGCUUCCGAGAAGCACAGUUGGCACAGACCUAUUAGUCUAAUGGAGCUUCAGAGCUUAUUGAAAUUAAACCAUUGUAAUGGAACCCGGAUAAAAAUUGUUGUUAGUAAUACAGGUAUGGGAUAUUACAAAGAAAAGGAAGCCUAUGAUAAGUACAUUGAUCUAAGGGGAAUUUCUGAGCUUUCAAAGAUCAGAAAGGAUCAAACAGGGAUUGAAAUUGGAGCAGCAGUGCCAAUAUCUAAAGCUAUUGAAGCACUGAAGGAAGAGAGCAGAAGUGACUUUCUCUCAGAUUAUGUGAUGAUACUUGAAAAGAUUGCUGACCAUAUGAGCAAAGUUGCCUCAGGAUAUAUUCGGACCACAGCCAGUGUAGGUGGAAAUUUAGUUAUGGCACAAAAGAAUAAUUUUCCCUCGGAUAUUGCUACAAUACUUCUUGCUGUAGAUGCAAUGGUUCACAUAAUGACUGGUACACAAUUUGAGUGGCUAACAUUGGAGGAAUUUCUCGAAAGACCGCCAUUAGGUUUGGAAAGUGUGCUUUUGAGCAUUAAAAUUCCUAAUUUGGAACUCAAUAAAAGUGAAUCAUCAGAACCAAGAAGUAGAUUCCUUUUUGAAACUUACCGAGCUUCUCCUCGACCCCUUGGAAAUGCCCUUCCCUACUUAAAUGCUGCUUUCCUGGUUAAGGUGUCUCAAUGCAAGGAUUCUGGUGGAACUGUGAUUGACACUUGUAGGUUCUCUUUUGGUGCUUAUGGGAGUAAGCAUGCAAUCAGAGCAAAAAAUGUUGAGGAGUUUUUAGCUGGAAAGCUUUUAAGUGCUAGCAUUCUAUACGAUGCUGUCAUCUUGGUUACAGCCACUAUUGUACCUAAAGAUGAUACCUCAAAAACCACUUACCGUUCAAGUUUGGCAGCUGGUUUUAUUUUUCAGUUCUUUAACCCACUUCUUGACGCUUCCGCAAUAAACAAUGGUUAUUUUAAUGGACAUAUUAAUCUUCCUUAUGCUAAGGAUUUUGAGUUAAAAGAGAAUCAGAAGCAGGUUCGUCAUGACAAAGUUCCAACUUUACUGUCAUCUGGUAAGCAAAUCCUUGAAGCAGGCUGUGACUAUCAUCCUGUUGGUGAGCCAAUUAUGAAAUCUGGAGCUGCACUACAAGCUUCAGGUGAGGUUGUGUUUGUGGAUGACAUUCCAUCACCAUCAAAUUGCUUACAUGGAGCAUAUAUUUAUAGUGCAAAACCUUUAGCAAGGGUUAGGAGUAUAAAACUCACACCGGAAUUGCAAUUGGAUGGAUUGAGGGAUAUCAUUUCAAUUAAAGACAUUCCCAAUGGUGGGGAAAACAUUGGAUCUAAGACUAUAUUUGGGGUUGAACCUCUCUUUGCUGAAGAGAUAGCCAGAUGUGUUGGUGAACGACUAGCCUUUGUGGUCGCAGAUACUCAGAAACUUGCAGAUAUGGCUGCAAACUCAGCUGUUGUUGAUUAUGAUACCAAAAAUCUUGAACCACCUAUUCUAUCCGUUGAAGAUGCUGUUGAAAGAUCUAGCUUUUUUGAAGUUCCUCCUUUUCUUUAUCCAAAACAUGUUGGUGAUAUAUCAAAAGGAAUGGCUGAAGCUGAUCACAAGAUUCUUUCUGCUGAGUUGAAACUUGGGUCUCAAUACUAUUUCUAUAUGGAGACACAAACUGCACUUGCUGUUCCAGAUGAAGACAAUUGCAUUACAGUUUACUCCUCAAACCAAUGCCCUGAGUUUGCGCAUUCUACUAUAGCAAGAUGCCUAGGAAUUCCUGAAAAUAAUGUUCGUGUAAUAACAAGAAGGGUUGGGGGUGGUUUUGGUGGAAAGGCCUUGAAAGCAAUAUCUGUUGCCACAUCAUGUGCACUGGCAGCACAGAAAUUACAGCGCCCAGUUAGAAUGUAUCUAAAUCGAAAGACAGAUAUGAUAAUAGCCGGAGGAAGGCAUCCCAUGAAGAUAACUUACAGUGUUGGGUUUAGGAAUGAUGGUAAGAUUACUGCACUAGAAAUUCAGAUAUUGAUCAAUGCAGGGAUAUAUGUGGAUAUAAGUGCAGUUAUGCCACAUCAUAUAGUUUGUGCACUUAAAAAGUACGACUGGGGUGCACUAUCUUUUGAUAUAAAGGUAUGCAGAACAAAUCAUCCUAAUAGAUCUGCAAUGAGGGGCCCUGGGGAGGUUCAGGGAUCAUUUAUUGCUGAAGCUAUUAUAGAAAAUGUUGCAGCUACACUUUCAAUGGAUGUAGAUUCUGUGAGAAGCGUUAAUCUUCACACAUACAAAAGUCUUCAGUCAUUCUAUGAGUACUAUCAUGGUGAACCUUAUGAGUAUACCUUGCCUUCAAUAUGGAGUAAGUUGGCUGUUUCUGCAAACUAUGACCAGAGAACUAAAUUGGUGCAAAAGUUCAACAGGAUUAACACCUGGAAGAAAAGGGGAAUUUCUCGAGUACCAGCUGUGAUUGAACUGACUCUAAGACCAACUCCUGGAAAAGUAAGUAUUUUUGUUGACGGGUCUGUCGUUGUUGAAGUUGGAGGAAUUGAAGUGGGUCAAGGUCUUUGGACAAAGGUGAAACAGAUGGCUGCAUAUGCUCUGGGUGCUAUUCAAUGUGAUGGAACUGAAGGUCUUUUGGAUAAAGUACGGGUUGUGCAAUCUGAUACGGUGAGCUUGACUCAAGGAGGCUUCACUGCAGGGAGCACUACAUCAGAGUCAAGCUGCGAAGCAGUUAGGCUUUGCUGUAAUAUCUUGGUAGAGAGGCUAAAGCCUCUUAAGGAAAAGCUGCAGGAGGAAAUGGACUCUAUCAAAUGGGAGACCCUUAUUCUCCAGGCAUACAUGCAAGCUGUGAACUUAUCAGCAUCUUCAUUUUAUGUACCUAGUAAUGAUUCCAUGGGUUACCUUAGUUAUGGUGCUGCAGUAAGUGAGGUGGAAAUAGAUCUUCUGAAUGGCGAAACCAGAUUUUUGCAAACAGAUAUUAUUUACGAUUGUGGACAGAGUCUAAACCCUGCUGUGGAUUUAGGACAGAUUGAAGGAGCUUUUGUCCAGGGGUUGGGAUUUUUCAUGCUUGAAGAAUACGAAACAAAUCUUGAUGGUUUGGUGUUGCAAGAUGGCACUUGGAACUACAAAAUCCCAACGAUAGACACUAUACCUAAACAGUUUAAUGUUCAAAUCCUCAACAGUGGGCAUCACCAGAAACGUGUUCUCUCUUCAAAAGCUUCUGGUGAGCCACCAUUACUUCUAGCAGCCUCCAUUCACUGUGCCACAAGAGCAGCUGUAAAAGAGGCAAGGAAACAGCUUCUUUCAUGGAGCAACCAAGAUGAAGAAGAUUCAACAUUUCAGUUGGGGGUCCCUGCAACCAUGCCUGUGGUCAAGGAACUCUGUGGACUGGACAUUGUAGAAAGAUACUUGAAAUGGAAAAUGGGGAAGGACAUAAUGGUGCUCACUUAAAUAAUUUAAAAGAGUAUUUUAAUACACAUCUCUCUGAAGAAGAAAAAUUAUAAUUUUUUCACAAAUAUUUUUUAUAAGACAAUUUUUCAUACUGUACCAAGUAAUCUUAUUCUAUACAAACACUUCUGCCGACGAAUUUUCAUACUGUAUUAUGUUAUUUUCUUAUUUUAUAUGGACUAAGAUUGUGUAUUAGAUCCAUAUUAAUUUGAAUAUAAUGCCGCA